AUGGGGUUCUUUGAAAAUCAGGGCAGCCUCUUGGGUGAGGGGAACGGUCCAGUCCUGUGCAUUUGCCAGCUGGCCGAGGCUCUGGCUCUCAGUGGCCGUGGAGGUGUCAACUUGGAGCCCCAGCUGGGGAAUAUCACAGGCGUGCUGUUCCAGCUGCUGCACACACUGCAGGCGUCUCUGAAACAGGCACAUCUGAAACAGCCUGGAUUCUGGGCACAGAGAGGGACGUUUUCCAGGAGAAAGGUACUCACGGCAGGACAGCACCGAUGGACACCUGCGCUGCCUGUGGGCAGUCAGGUUAUACGGCGGCGAUCAACUGGUGAUUUUCCUGCAAAGCGUCAUCAAACCCGAGGAGCCUGCCAAGGCAGUGGCAGCCCUGCAAGCCUUCAGGGAUGUGUCCUGCAGAGUGCCCCAGAUGGAGACCUUGAAGAAGGAGGUGAUGAGUUCAGUGGUUCUGCUGAUACAGAAAAAUCCGAGACCUUUGUUCUCCCUGAAGGCCUACAGAGAAAAGGCAUUUGGAAAAAAUGCCCUAAGGCUGUUAUAAGCCCCACAUCCCAUCGCCUCCCCGCACCCUGUCGUCAGUCGAAUGUGGGCCCGCUGUGGAUGUGGGAGGUGCCCCAGAUGUUGCAGAUCCUGGAUGGUGAGGACUUGCUUGAAAGGGAGGAGGAGUGGGGCUGGGCUGUGGGGCCGACUGUGGAAAGGAUGGAGUUCCAAGCUGAGGGACGGACUUUCCUCUGGGUGAGGACGGGAGCAGCCUCCCUGUCCCUCUGGAGUGUCAUCUGGGUGGAUCUGCUCAUGUGGGCCAUGCUGUAUGCUGGGCAGACAUGCAGUCCAGAGUCCUGUGGCUCCCGUCUCUUCUUGCAGAUGGAGGACCCGGGAAGAUUGUGGGCUUUGAACCAGACACAGCCGUGUCUGGCCCCUGCCUAUCCCUUGGCCUCCAGCAUCCCUCUCUGUAAUAUGAAGUCCCCUCUCCGCAGUGGCAUUCCUGCUCGGCUCUCUGGUCUCACCUCUGUCUCAUCCCGGAUCUUAGGAAGUUCCUGUCGCUCUUGGAGCUGGAUGGCAGAACAGAGCUGCUGCUCACCUGCUACUGGAGUGUGCUCUGCCUGCCCCCGUCAGAAGUGAUGCAGAAGGAGGUGUGCAGACCCACAGAGGGGCAGGCCAGUGUGGUAAUGAGCUCUUUGAAGGCUGUCAACUGUUGUUGUUUUUGAGAGGGUAGAGGUUGUAGGCUUGACAGUUUUAUGUAAGGCUUUCUUGUCAUCUCUAAGAAAAACAAAAAGGAAGGUCUUAUCGGAGGAGAGGCUGCUAGGUGGAGACCCAGGAGAUUAUCAUUCUUCCGCAGGGCACUCACUGAUGAUCACUGUCCCCCUGGAAUCUUCUGGCUCAAAGGUGGACACUGACGCCCUCCCUUUGUUUAUUUCAUUGCUAUUAUUAUUGUUAUUGAGAUGGAGUCUCACUCUGUCACCCA